CUUUUUUCUCCUCUCUCUCUCUCUCUCUCUCUCUCUCUUUACUCCUUUUUUUUUUCUCUCAAAUCUUUGCGUAUAUAUUCACGCCCUAUAUCCGUGUCUUUUUCCUUUCAAGUUAAGCAUGGCUGAUCAAUUGUCACAAGAAGAAAUUGAAGAAUGCAAGGCAUCCUUUGAUCAGUUUGACAGGGAUGGUAACGGAACGAUCGAUGCCAAAGAACUUGGUGGAGUCAUGAGAUCCUUGAAUAUGGUAGUUAAUGACACUGAGGUCAAGAGCAUGAUUCGAGAGCUUGAUGCCGACGGCAGUGGCUCGAUUGAUUUCAACGAGUUUCUAAGUAUAUUCAAUAGGUCAAAAGAAAAUAAGGCGGAUAUACAAAAGGAACUGAUGGAGACGUUCAAGGUGUUUGAUAAAGACAAUGACGGCACCAUCUCGGCCAGCGAGUUGCGAGAAGUCAUGAAUAGCUUGGGUGAGAAUACGUCAGAAGAUGAGUUGGAGCGUAUGUUGGAAGAGGCAGACCUAAAUCAAGACGGUGUCAUCAACUACGAAGAGUUUGUUAAAAUGCUGGGUCCCUAAAUCAAGCUUUUGCCACCUUCAUGUAAUACAAUAUACUUCAUAUUGUUUUGAAAACUCUUUCCACAAAUAAGAAGCGAAAAGCUUAUAAAGAAGCCAAGAAUUGCAGCAGCAGCAGCAGCAGCAGCAGCAG